UGUUGUAGUUAUAAACCUAUGCCAUCCCUCCUUCAUCCUACUCAGCCAGCCAGGAGCUUAUAGCAGCACGGAGACAGGAGCAGCACCAGCACACACACAGACAUGUGUGUCAAGUCUUACUAAAUGAGGGUAACCAGCUUCUGCCUAAGUACUUGUUAUGAACAUUGACAUGGACAUUGGACAUGAAGUGGCACUCCAGCCCUCCAAAAACACAGAGAUAGUCACCAUGCCUGGAUCCCUACCUGCCGCGGGUGAAGCCUCAUGGCCUAAAGAUGUUGGAAUUGUUGCCUUAGAGAUCUACUUCCCAGCACAGUAUGUCAACCAGGAGGAGCUUGAGAAAUUUGAUGGCGCCAGUGCAGGAAAAUACACCAUUGGUCUUGGCCAAUCUAAAAUGGGCUUCUGUUCAGAUAGAGAGGAUAUCAACUCUCUGUGUCUAACUGUUGUCCAGAGGCUAAUGGAGAGGAACAAUCUGUCAUAUGACAGCAUUGGCAGGUUAGAAGUGGGAACAGAAACAAUCAUUGACAAGUCCAAGUCGGUAAAGACUGUUCUGAUGCAACUUUUUGAAGACUCUGGAAACACAGACGUUGAAGGCAUUGACACAACAAAUGCAUGCUAUGGAGGCACUGCCGCUCUCUUUAAUGCUGUUAAUUGGGUGGAAUCAAGCUCCUGGGAUGGACGCUAUGCCUUGGUCGUUGCUGGAGACAUCGCUGUGUAUGCCACUGGUAGUGCCAGGCCAACUGGAGGUGCAGGAGCUGUUGCCAUGCUUGUGGGACCAAAUGCAUGUCUUGUUUUAGAAAGAGGGCUACGUGGGACACACAUGCAACAUGCAUAUGAUUUCUACAAACCUGACAUGGUGUCUGAAUACCCUGUUGUGGAUGGGAAGCUAUCUAUUGAGUGCUAUCUCAGUGCACUGGAUCGCUGCUACACUACCUAUCGCAAGAAAAUCCAUGCUCAAUGGCAGAAAGAGGGAAAUGACAGACCCUUCACUCUGAAUGACUUUGGUUACAUGGUUUUCCACUCUCCAUACUGCAAGCUUGUCCAGAAAUCAUUUGCACGCUUAUUAUUAAAUGACUUUAUUAGCGACCCGAAUCCAAACACAGAGAGUGGGGUGUACGUCGGCCUGGAUUCCUUCCGGGGUGUAAAGCUGGAAGACACGUACUUUGACAGAGAUGUUGAAAAGGGCUUCUUAAAGGCAAGCACAGAACUAUUCAAUGACAAAACAAAAGCAUCUCUUCUUGUGUCCAGGGAAAACGGCAAUAUGUACACCCCUUCUGUGUAUGGAUGCCUUGCCUCUGUGCUCGCACAGUACUCUUCCCAGCAAUUGGCAGGACAGAGGAUUGGAGUAUUUUCCUAUGGAUCUGGCUUUGCUGCUACAUUGUACUCCAUUAAAGUUAGCCAAGAUGCUAUGCCUGGUUCAUCUCUGGAUAAGCUAACUGCAAGUCUGGCGGACCUAAAGGCACGGCUUGACUCCAGAAAAAGUGUUACACCCAGUAUUUUUGCAGAAAACAUGAAGCUAAGGGAAGACACACAUCAUUUAGCCAGUUAUAUUCCUCAGGGAUCAGUGGAUGACCUGUUUGCAGGCACAUGGUACCUGAUCCGUGUGGAUGAGAAGCACAGAAGGUACUAUGCUCGGACUUCCUUGAUGAAUGAUGGGCCUAUGGCUGCAGUCCUGGAAUCCGUCCAUUCAACCAAUACUAAUGAGCACUUUCCAAGUCCGGCCAAGAAAGUUCCAAGAAUCCCGACAUCUUCAGAAGCUGAACCUAUCUCUAUAAGCAAUGGAGAACACUGACCUACCUCUAGAAGUGCGAAACACUGCUCAUUGACAUCCACUCGUUCAGUACAGCAUUUCAACUAUAAGAAUUUUUAUUUAAAUAAGUGCAGCACUAAGUAAUCUGUAACUGUUAUAGAACAGGAUUGACAUGUAAAUAUAAAUGGCUAUAGGGUCCCAGUUGCAUCUGUCUGCAUUUGUUCUGAAAAGGGACAGUGAGGUAUAUUAGCUUGUUUUAAUUGCAAGGACUCACUGUUUACAUUAUUUUCUUGUGUCAGUAAAGAUGUUUGGUAGUCCGUUACCAACAUUUACUUUGCUGUGCUUAAAUAACUCUGUAAGUUGGAUUGUAUCUUGUCAGCAUUCCACCGCAGAGGCGGCCGCAUGAAUGCCUCUGACUUGUACUUGUGAAAGCACCUUAUGGUCUGAGGUGAGGGGGGCUGGAGAUCUGUUUGUUUUUUUACAAACCAGAAAGUGUACAGGAUUUUGUAGAUCAUCAACCGGAUACAAACCUUGUAACUCGCACUGUAUUUAUUUCUUUUUGACAUGGUUGCCUUGAUCCGUGUGCAAAUCUGAUGGAUUGGUGUGUACAGAGUUAUUGGAAUUCACCAUCCUAAAGCUUUUAAGAUCACAUUGGUGCUAUGUUUAUGGGCAUAGGCCCAAAUUGCUUGUAAAAAUGUAGAGUCCUGUAGAUUUUCUAUAUAAUUUUGUUUUUGUAAUCUGAUCUGUGUAAAAUGCAUAUUAUAAAUAUUAAAAAAAUGUAAUUAAGUGAAUUUUAGACAACCGUUUAAUUUGCUAUGGGCUGAUAACUUAAAACAACCCAUAUUGCAUACAUAAGUCUGUCAUUAGAAGUACCUGUAUAAUUGGGUACAACAUUGUUACUUUAACCUCUUAAGGAAACGAGUUAGAAUGCUUUUAUGUCAUGACAUGCCUGGCAUAUCAGUGGUCAUUAAGGGGUUAACUUGCAAUUUAAUUGUACUUCAGUUGUGUACUUUACCUGUUUUUGUAUAAUAUAUGAGCUGUCUUCUUCCCGUAUUGAAAAAAAUUUAAUGUGCAGUACACAAGUGUAAUGUUAUAAAGGCAAUUGAUGGUCACAUGAGAGGUGAAUGAACAUAGAACAAAACUGUCAUGUUAUGUGACUUCUUCUCAUGUGACGAAAUAAAGAUCGUUGCAAAUGAUAUAACAACUUUAAAAAUG